AGGGUUUUGAUUUCUUCAUUUUAGACCUACCUUCUUCAAGCCGCGGCUAGCAAGAUAACCUACUUCUCUUUCCCACACGACGCUUAAGAGUUCGAGCCAUGGCCGCCGCCGUAGAAAUCGACGCUGAGAUCCAGCAGCAGCUCACCAACGAAGUCAAGCUCUUCAACCGUUGGAGUUUCGACGACGUUUCGGUCACAGACAUUAGUCUUGUUGACUACAUUGGUGUUCAGCCUGCGAAACACGCAACCUUCGUCCCCCACACCGCUGGAAGAUACUCUGUGAAGAGGUUCAGGAAGGCUCAAUGCCCUAUCGUCGAGAGGCUCACAAACUCUCUCAUGAUGCACGGGAGGAACAACGGUAAGAAGCUGAUGGCUGUCAGGAUCAUCAAGCACGCCAUGGAGAUCAUCCAUCUCUUGACUGACGCUAACCCUAUUCAGGUCAUCAUCGAUGCCAUUGUUAACAGUGGUCCACGUGAAGAUGCGACCAGGAUUGGAUCCGCUGGUGUGGUUAGGAGGCAGGCCGUUGAUAUCUCUCCCCUGAGACGUGUGAACCAAGCCAUCUUCUUGCUCACCACUGGUGCACGUGAAGCUGCAUUCAGAAACAUCAAGACUAUCGCUGAGUGCCUUGCGGAUGAGCUCAUCAAUGCUGCUAAAGGAUCUUCCAACAGCUACGCCAUCAAGAAGAAGGAUGAGAUUGAGAGAGUUGCUAAGGCCAACCGUUAAGGGUUCUUUUUGCAUUAUAUUUCAAAGAGCAUUGUGCUGUUUUCGUUAGCUUUGGUUAUGUAUCAGAAGGUUUCUCUUAUCUUUUAAUGAAGUUUUGACGCUUUAAUCGACCUUGUGAUCUUUGAUCAAACAGUUUCAUAUUUAAUAAUCUUUUCAUUUA